AUGACUCAAGCUUCGAAUGAAGUAACAACUGUUCUAAUUGUUGGCGGGGGUCUCGGUGGUUUGGCUCUAGCUCAACUAUUAUUACAAGCUUCGUCACCUUCCCUGAAAGUGAUGCUAUUUGAACGUGAUGUUGAUGAAGAUGUUCGUGAUCAGGGCUAUUAUAUUACACUUAAACCAAUUGCAGGAGAACUGAAAAUUAUCGACCGUGCUGUUCUAAGACGAAAUCUUCUUAAAAAUAUUGAUAUUUGUUGGAAUAAACGAUUUGUCUCGUACACUAUUCUUGAUGAUGGAAUCGAAGCAUAUUUUCAUGAUGGAUCAUCGGUGAAGGGUACACUACUUGUCGGCUGUGAUGGAGCACAAUCACUUGUUCGAGCUCAACUUGUACCUAAUCUGCAUCGAGAAGAUACAGGAGUUGUCAUAGUAGCUGGUACUCUUGAACUAAAUGAGCAAUGCGUACAAACUCGACAGUUAAUACAAAAUAGUCUCGUACAGAUACUUGGUGAUCAUGGUCAUGCAUUAUUUUUAAUUUCUGUCGGUCAAUCUUGGUUCUGGUCCCUUUCGUGGGCAUCAACCGAUACAACACAAUCAAAUCUUUCUAUGCCAGAGUUACUUGACAAAUUUCGUAGUAACUUUAAUAACGAAGAAAUUGUUCGUUUGAUGGAAUCGUCUUUAUUGUCGACACGCCUGACACCCUUGCGUCUCUAUUCAUUGCCACGUUUAAGAGUAAAUCCAUUUUCAAAUAAUCCUCGUGUGACACUAAUGGGUGAUGCUGCUCAUCUUAUGACUAUUCAACGUGGUAUGGGCGCAAAUACAACUUUUGCUGAUGCACUUGACCUUGUUGAUGUUAUGCGUCGUGGUAUUACUCCAAGUUUACUUGGUGAUUAUGAAGAGAAAAUGUUUAAACGUGGCUUUCAAGCCGUACAAGAUUCUUUCAAUAAUACUCGCAUGAUACAUCUAUCAGGAAGGCAAGGCAUGAUGCGUGACUAUCUUUUGUGGUGUCUUCGCUACACUAUGACAUUCAAAAAUCUAAUCUGGACAGCAUUUAGUCGGGGUUGA